CUGGCGGAAAACCUGGUGGAGGAGGACUUCGAGAUAAAGGAGGAGGAAGAGCCGUGGCUCGACAACCGGGAGCUCCAGCAAGCCCACGGAUGCCAGGUGCGGGGGACGUGCGACGUCGGGCUGAGACGCGUGGGGACCCGCCGCACCUGCCCAUCCAGCCCCGGAGGCGGGCGCAGCGCGGGCCCGGGCCGCUGCGCAGUCAGCAGCACUGCCCGCAGCGCGCUCCUGGGCGAACCGCCUUAAUCCUGCCCGCCUUCCCCGGUGGCAGCGGGAGGACCCCCUCUCUCCAGGCCCGCGCCCCGCUGCCCGUCGGCCUCUGGGGGGAACCGGAGCUGCUGCCGGUGGUAGGUCUUGCAGAGCGCUCGGGCAGGACCUGUGCACAGCCCUGUGCCCACCUGUGAUCCGCACGAUAGCUCUGCCAGAGAUCUCCAGCUGGCUGCUGAGCUUGGGAAGACAUUGCUGGACCGGAACACACAGCUGGAGGAGUCUCUUCAGCAGAUGUAUACAACCAACCAGGAGCAGUUACAGGAAAUUGAGCACCUGAGCAAGCAGGUGGAGCUUCUGCGGCAGGUGAACGAGCAGCACGCGAAGGUCUACGAGCAGCUAGACGUCACAGCAAGGGAGCUGGAAGAGACCAACCAAAAGCUCGUUGCUGACAGCAAGGCCUCACAGCAAAAGAUCCUGAGCCUGACCGAGACCAUCGAGUGCCUGCAGGCCCGCAUCGAUCACCUCCAGAGCCAGGUGGAUGAGCUGAGGUCGGUCCAGCAGAGGAGGAGCCAGGGAAAGAGUGACCAGGACAGACCUGCGCCCAGCUGCUCGCGUCGGAAGGAGCUGUACGACCUGCGCCAGCUCUUCGUGUACGACCACGUGUUUGCCGGGAAGAUCACGUCCUUGCCGAGCCAGCAGAGCCCCGAGGAAGAAGAAAACGCGCAUCUGAAGAGGACGGUGGCGACGCUGCAGGCGCAGCUGGGCCUGGAGCGGCAGAAGCGGGCGACGCUGGAGGAGGAGUACGGGCUGGUGCUGGCGGAGAACAGUGAGCUGGAGCAGCAGCUGGGGGCCGCCGGCGCCUACCGGGCCCGCGCGCUGGAGCUGGAGGCCGAGGUGGCCGACAUGCGGCUGGCGCUGCGGGCCGAGCGGCCGCCGCUGAGCGCGCUCGAGAGGCUGGUGCCCGACGCCCUGUUCGUCCCCUUCCGGGAGCCCAGCGCCAGCCUCCUGGAGGAGAUGCUGCUGACGGGCGCCGAGGCCCUGCCGAGGCCCCUGCGACGCAGCAGCAGCGACACGGCGCUCGAGCGCGGCGCGGCGGUCGGUGACCUCGCGCAGAGCCACGAGGAGACGUGCGCCCGCAGGGCCCAGGCCGGGAGGCGGCGGGGCAUGUGCCCGCUGCACGAGGUGGACACGCAGUACAGCGCCCUGCGGGAGAAGUACGACCAGCUGCUCCGCAAGUGCCAGCCGCCCGCCGGGGACGCACGGUCGCACAAGGCCGUGCAGACCUCCCGGGCUGCGGCCAGCGCUGCCGUCCCAGGCCCGGGCCCGGGCCCCGCGGAGCCCGCCGGCUCCCCCGCCAGCGCGCCGCCCCCGCCGCCACCCGAAUACAAGGCGCUGUUUAAGGAGAUCUUCAGCUGCAUCGAGAAGUCCAAGCAGGAGAUCGACGCGCAGAGAACCAAGUACCGCUCUGCGCCCUCCCACUCCUAAGGGCCCCACCCCCACCCCCAGCCGCAUCACGCCGUCCACCCCGCGCUUGGCUUGCUCACGGGCUGUGCAGCGCGGGGAAAGUGCUGCUGGGGUCCG